AUGACUGAUUAGUUUAAAGCCCCUCUUUAAUUCAUCUGUGAUUAAAUCUUAAAAUAUAAUAACUCUAGCGAAACUUAAAUUCAACAUGUAGAAAUAAAUAAACCAAUAUAAAAAUAAAAGAAAAAAAGAAUAAGACGCAAGCCUUUAAAGCGUUGCAAGUGGCUAAAAAUUGAAUUUCCAUUUAAAAGCUCUAAUGUUUUUAUGCUGACAGGGCAUAUUAUAAUUGAGACUUAGCUUGCAGAUGAAAAUUUUUGGAAAUUCUUGGUCAACAAAAUUGUGAAGUAGAAGGAAUUCUAUAUGAUAGAAACAACCUCUUAUGAAAAUAUAACAAAUUUUGACAAUCUAAUUAACAUCUUACAAAACUCGUAGUGUUAGUAUCUUUAUGAAUAAAGUCAAGAGCUCUAAAAAUACAAACAAAUUACCUUAAAUGAAAUUUCUACCAUUAAAUAAACUAUGAAAUAAUCUAACUUAAAAACCAUCUAAAAAGAGUUAGAAUAACGAUAAAUCUUUAAAGACCAAUUCAUUCAAGAUUAUAUUAAAAAUAAUUUGAAAUAGGAUGACUUCUAUGUAGUAGGAAGUAUUGAUCCUAACAUCGAAAGUGGAUACUCAGAUUUAAAAAAAGUUUUUUUCAGUAAAUCUUAUUUAUAAUUUGUCGGAAUUUCUGAAACCCAGUUCGAAAGCUGCUAUUUCCGUGCAUUUUGCCUUUUUUUUAACAUCCCUUAUUUAUCAAGGAGAUAAUUUUUCUAAAGCAUUCUAAAAGGUUAUGUUUCAAAUGAAUCAAACUAAAAAUAUAUUUUAAAAAAUCUUUGGAUUUAAACUGCUGAGUAGAUUAAUCUAUAUUGUAAUGUUUCAAUUUAACUGAUUGAAGUACCUUAUCCUGAAAAUUUAAAAUCCACUCUAAAUUUACACAAGAGUUUAGACAAUAUCCUCAUCACAACUUUUAAUAUCGAGCAUUAUCAUCUAAAAACUAUUUUAAAUACUAGAAAGCAAGAUAAUAACAAAAACUUAGAUAUGAUAGAUUUCGAAUAUUUCAUGCAGUCUUCAAUAUUUCUUGAUAAAUAUUAUUCAGAUAUAAUAAAUCCUUUUGAUAAAGAACCAGAUGACUCACUAGAUGAUAAGAGCAGGUGUUCUUAUAGAUUAAUUAAUCAAUGA